AGGGAUUCGAGUAUCUAUCUCAAAAUAACGUUCUUUUAAGAAAAUGGUUUCUAAUACAAGAAAAAGGUGAGCAAUCGACUGGGUUAGGGUUCUGUCGCUACUCUACUCGUCACUUCCCUUGUCCGCCAUCAAUCCUUAACAUUUCGAGAACACAUUGAUACCUGUAAGUGAUUUAAUGGUCUACACCAGUUGCAAGUGCUCAUGAGUGCCUUCCAUGAUUGCCAAGCUCCCAUAUUUGAAACUUCCUGGCAGAAUUUCGUUAGGGGCUCACUUAAAUGCAUAUCUUUCUUCAGUAUCUGGUGCCAAUUACAUCCAAACAAACCCUCGGACUGAUCAAAACCCACCGAAUUCCGCCGAAUAUGAAGCCAAAAUCCAAUCCUUGAAGAGUAAGCUUCAUCCCGAAACCUUAAUUCAUAUACUGUCUUCCACAAACGAUUUGAAUUCUUCUUUGCGAUUGUUCAAAUGGGCCUCCCUACAGAACCGGUUUCAAAACACCUCUGAUACGUAUUAUCACAUAAUUAUGAGGUUGGGAAUGGCUUCUAGAGUCGAUGAAAUGGAGGGGUUUUGUAAUGAAAUGAUGAAAGCUCAAUUUCCGGAAUCAGAACAAGCUCUCUUACGACUACUUGAUAACUUCAUUACCUAUCAUAGGCUCGAUGAAGCUUUACGGGUUCUUUCUGUACUCAAUUCAUUCAGCUAUAAGCCCUCAAUUUCUUUUGUUAAUCGCUUAUUAGGUGCUCUUGUGGAAGAGAAGAAAGGGCUUAAGUCUAUUCUAUUUGUAUAUAAAGAGAUGGUGAAAACAAACAUUCUUCCAUCAAUCGAAACCUUGAAUCACCUCUUGGAAGCUUUAUUUGAUGCAGAUCGGGUUGAUGCAGCUCUAGAUCAAUAUAAUCGAAUGCAGAAGAAGGGAUGCUGCCCAAAUAGCCGAACUUAUGACAUCAUGGUAAGUAGUCUUAUUGGCAAAAACCUCAUGGAUGAAGCUCUUCUUGUUUUAAAUGAAGUUCUGGAUAAUGUGUGUGAUCUUGAAUCGAAGUUCUUUUCCCACAUCAUACCCUUAUUGUUUAAAAACAAUCAACACAAAAUCGGUCUGAGAUUGUUUGAAAAGAUGAAAACUUCCAAGAUUCUCUCAGAUGUAUCCAUUUAUGAGACAUUGAUACAUUAUUUCUCCAAGAACUUAUCCAUGGAUGAUGCCUUAAAUCUUCUCCAGGAGAUGAUAAAUCUUGAUUUGAAGCCAUCAGAUUGUGUGUUUCUUGAUUUGGUUAAUGGGUUUUGUACAUUGAACAAGUUUAACGAGGCAAAAACAUUUCUUGAAGAUAAUCAAGUUACAGAAGCAAAUCCAUAUAAUGUUCUUCUUAAAUGUUACUGUGAAUGUGAAUCUGGUAAUUUUCUUGAAGCGAUUGAUUUAUUUCAAGAAAUGAUGAAGAAGAACAUAACCAACACUCUUUCAUGGAAUAUUUUCAUAAGCCAUCUUACCAAGAAUCCAACAAGUAAUACCCUUUAUAAAGCUCUCAGUAGAAUGAUAGUUUCCGGUUCUACCCCUGAUUCCCUCACUUAUUCCGCUCUCAUUAUCGCAAAAUGUAACCCAAAAGAAAUCAAUCAUGCCCUCAACUUAUUUCACCAUGUUCGUGAAGAACAUUGGGUCAUAGACUCUUCUUCUUACGCCACUCUAAUCGAAAACCUCUGCAAAAAUAACAAGAUUUUAGAGGCCAUAGAUGUGUUUCACUACAUGUCAUUAAACAAAUGCACGUUAAAUCCAUCUUCUUUCAGUAUUCUGAUCAUGAGAUUAUGUCAAAAUGGGAAAUUAAACAAAGCAAUUGACAUGAUUCCACUUGCUUAUUAUUCCGGUAUGUAUUGUUCUAAUUCAGAUUACAAUAUCAUCCUGAAAAGUCUCUCCAAAAUCCCAAAAAAAAACUAUCUUUUGAUUGUUUUUGCAAGAAUGGUGAUAGAGGGUUGUUGUCUAGAUUCAGAAGGUUAUAACGAGCUCAUAAAGAGCACAAUUGAGCAUAAUCAAGUGACCAAAUGUGGUUUCUUUCUUAAUAAAAUGGUGGAUGAAGGGUUGUGGCCUAGUAUGGAAAUAUUAGAGGAUUCGGUUUCAUUUUUGGGGCGAAAUUGUCAUUUGCAUAUGGUUUUGGAGAUGAUUAAUAAGUUGGUUUGUGAGUAUGAAGUGGUGAAUCCUAAAAUUUAUGGGGUAUUGAUAAAUGGUCUUUGGAAAGAAGGGUAUAAAGAUGAAGGGCGGUGGUUAUUGGAUGUGAUGUUGGAGAAAGGUUGGGUCCCGGAUGGUGGGACCCAUCGGUUGUUGAUUAAUUCAGGUGGUAGUGAAAUAUUGGUGAAAGGUGACACGCAAGAUGAAAUUGGUAACAUACUUUCUGAAGGUUUUGGUGAAUGAUAAUGUCACACAGAUGAAUAGACAGUCUUGUUCUAUGUUUGAUAUGUAUUGGACUGAUACUAUGUUAAUGAGACAAAAAUUUACAAAUGUUGUUUGUAAAGAAUACAUGUUUGCAUAUUUA